GGAAAGACAAAAGAAACUAUCCUCCCUCCUCUCUCACUCAUUGAGUUCGGCCAAGACACACCAAGAGAGGAAGAAACCUCUCCAAACCACCAUCCUCCAUAGCAAAUUCCAGCUCAAACAAAGGAGUUCCAAGGAGGAAGAUUAAAGAAGGAAAACGUUAGGAAAAAGUGUGAAAAUUAAGGUAAUGACCUUAUCAUAACUUUUCCUUUUAUUAUUAACUUAGUAUGUACCAUCUUAUCCAUUGUACUUACCGAUCAAUAUAAUUUGAUCACUUUCAAAUGCAUAAGAAAUUAACAAUAAACUAUGUCUACAAUAUCAUUAUAUCAAUUGAUUAGGCAUCCACAUCUACAGAAUUGUUUCAGGACGUGGUAGAUUUUUUUGAGGAUGAUGGAUGAUGAGUAGAGGUGAUUUGAAGAGAUUAUUUUGUAUAAUAGUCCACAAGAAAAAUAUCCAAUACGAAUCCGGAAUUCUAAUUGAGAAGAAUAAUAAGUUUUGAAAUCGUGCAUUUGCACAAUUUAAUGAAGAAAUUGUCAUAAAUAGAACACUUGUGACCGAUUUAUACAAAAUUAUCCAAAAUUUCACUGUCAUCUAUGAGAGAAAAUCUGGAGUUACAAGAUCGAGGAUCUCUUCAGAUUGUCAAAGAGAGUGCUGUCUAAUUUUGUCAAAGAGAUUGUAAUUUAUACUAUCUAAUUAUUAUGGAGUUGUCGAUCAAAAAAAUUAUUGAGUUGUAUUUGUCUAGUGACAAUAUUAUUUUUGGUAUGUUCGUAUGAUUGUAUGUAAAUAUGGGGAGAUUUUGUUUCCUUGAAUUGAAUACCAUGCUUCAACUAUACCAGUACGAUAGAACUAAUUAUGCAAUCAUUACUUGAUAAAGAUGGAAACAAUAAAAGUUACUUAUGAAAAAUCUAUAUAAUUGUUUACUUACUAAAGAUAGGAAAUAUUUACCUUAUGUAACCAUAAAAAUGCAAUAGAAUUAUAUACUCCGUAAUUGUUACUCCAUCCAUCGAUAAAAGAAGUUAUUUAUAGUUAUAUAUCCGCAAUCUCUCAAGUCUCAUCAUCAUAUGAUAUCUUGGAAGCAUUUUUUUUUUGGAAGCUUUAUUAUUUGAAUAGACAAUAAUAUCAGUGCCUGGUUCAUGCAACAUGCAAACGAAGCUUCAACUUGGUUUCCCAGCAAUUCUGGACAACACGAACAAAAUUUGCAGCAAACGCAGAAAACAUCAAUUUAGUAAGAAAUGAUGGAGGAAAUUUGAUAUGAAGCGGGAAGAGCAUGGGGCGGGACGGGCUUGAGCCCACCUUCGUGGGCUGGCUGCGAGCAAUUUAAUUAAUUUUAAUUAUUGCUUUUAUUUUGUUUCCUAAUUUAUUUUGUUUCCUAGUAUGAUUUAAUUAGGACUUCUAAUAAUUAGAGGUUUCCUAUUUCUAUUUAGUUUCCUUGAAUGGUUUAAUUAGGACUCCUAUUAUGUUUCUUACUAGGAUUUAGUUUCCUAUUCAGUUUUGGAUGUAAGGGUUAUAUAAACCCCUGCCUAGGCUUAUUCAAAUCAGGCAUUAAUAAUAUUGGUUUUAGCUUUUUAGCUCUGGGCAACGGAUCCAACCGUUGAUUAUUUUGGGCAACCGGUUACCCCGUUGAUUUUAUUUUUCUGUUCUUAUCAAUUGGUCUGACCUGCCGGAUCCCGUCCCGCCAAGAUGACCAGAUCACAAAGCGAUCGUUUGAUAGAACUGGAGACUGAACAGAACCGCAUGGGAGAAGAACAAGUGCGGUUGAGUGCUGAGCAAGCCAGGAUGGCGGAGGAGCAAAAACGGAUGAAUCACACCCUUGAAGAACACGGAACGAAGCUGGCAGAAAUCGCUAAAUCGUUGGCCGCGCUGACGAAGGCCCUAGUGCCGCCAGGUACGCCGGAAGCCACCAAGCCUGGAAUCGGAGCCAUCAUCACACCGGCGACUGGUGACGGACUGCUGCCCAACCCAGUUCCUACCCUGCUGCCUACCCUGCUGCCUGCGUUCGACGGGGCAGAUCCGAUUGGGUGGAUAGCCCGUACUGAACAACAAUUUGAAUUACUCGGAACUCUACCGGAGAAGAAAGUCGUAGCCGCCGUGGUGGCCAUGGAGGUAGGGGCCCUCUAUUGGGUAACAUGGUUGAAGGCACGAAGACCCGGUAUAACCUGGGAAGAUUUCAAGCAGUCCCUAGUGUCCAGAUUUGAUUCCCGAUUUCAGGGGAAUCAAUUUGAACGACUGUCCGGCGUCAAACAAAUUGGGCAAGUGGAAGAUUACAAUACUUUGUUUGUACAACUGGCUAGUCAAGUACCCGGAUUAACUGAUGAUCAUUACUUGGGCUAUUACAUGAGUGGGCUUAAGGAAACAAUCCGAAGUUCGCUGCGAUUGCUUCGGCCGAACAACCUGGAGAUGGCUAUGGAAUUAGCUCGCGAAGUGGAGCAUAAUCUGUCCGUCCAAAGUGGAGGAGGUGGCAGCCUGAAUUAUCAUUCUUCAGGGGUACGUUCUAGCAGCCUUUUAAGGGCAAACACAGGUUUCCCGUUGACUGGCAGCUUACAGGGUUCGGAGGGCAACUUUCUGAAAGAUAGUGGACAGCCUCCGGGGACAAAAUCAGGGAUGUCUGGGCAACCUACGACACGCUCUCAGUUCACUCGACUUCCGCCGAAAGAGUUUGCAGAACUGCGGGCGAAAGGAUUAUGCUUUAGGUGCAAGAAACCAUUUACACCAACACAUGACUGCCCCUUUAAGCAGCUGCGGGUAAUGAUAGCUGAGGAGGAUGAAGAGUUGGACCUUAAGCAGCAUGAAUUCUGUGAAAUAACCGGCCAGGAAAAGGUUCCGGAAAGAGAAGAAGGAUAUUUUCCAGUCUAUACUAUGUCAGGAAAUUUCAGUUCCCGAUCCGCGAGUUUUCAACCUUGAGGACAAGGUUAAUUUGAAGGAGGAUGGAUUGAUAUGAAGCGGGAAGAGCAUGGGGCGGGACGGGCUUGAGCCCACCUUCGUGGGCUGGCUGCGAGCAAUUUAAUUAAUUUUAAUUAUUGCUUUUAUUUUGUUUCCUAAUUUAUUUUGUUUCCUAGUAUGAUUUAAUUAGGACUUCUAAUAAUUAGAGGUUUCCUAUUUCUAUUUAGUUUCCUUGAAUGGUUUAAUUAGGACUCCUAUUAUGUUUCUUACUAGGAUUUAGUUUCCUAUUCAGUUUUGGAUGUAAGGGUUAUAUAAACCCCUGCCUAGGCUUAUUCAAAUCAG